GGUUUUCAUCUGUUAGUAGCAGAGGUUUUUCAGUCUUCUCAAAGUUAGGGCUUCAUCUUGACGUGCAGCUUAUCUCUCGCUCGACCGGAUCACCAUGGAGGCUAUCAAGAAAAAGAUGCAGGCGAUGAAGCAGGAUAGGGAGAACGCAUGUGACCGAGCUGAUGUAGCAGAGCAACAGUGUCGUGAUGCUAACGGUCGUGCAGAUAAGGCAGAAGAGGAAGUAAAGAGUCUCCAGAAGAAGAUCCAGCAGAUUGAGAACGAACUGGAUCAGGUCCAGGAACAGCUUUCUAGUGCUAACAGCAAAUUAGAAGAAAAAGAUAAGGCCUUUCAAAAUGCCGAGGGCGAAGUUGCUGCACUUAAUAGACGAAUCCAGUUGCUGGAAGAAGACUUUGAAAGAUCUGAAGAGAGGUUAAAAACUGCCACACAGAAGCUUGAAGAGGCAUCGCAACUGGCAGAUGAAAGCGAACGUAUGCGUAAGAUGCUCGAGCAUCGCAGCAUCACCGACGAGGAACGUAUGGAUUCUUUGGAAUACCAACUGAAGGAAGCCCGCGUGAUGGCAGAAGACGCCGACAGAAAAUACGAUGAGGUCGCGCGUAAGUUGGCUAUGGUUGAGGCCGAUCUGGAGAGAGCCGAGGAACGUGCCGAGAGCGGCGAAUCUAAAAUCGUAGAACUUGAGGAAGAAUUACGUGUUGUUGGUAACAACUUGAAAUCACUGGAGGUCAGCGAAGAGAAGGCUCAGCAGAGAGAGGAAGCUUAUGAAACACAGAUCCGUAGUAUGACUUCCAGACUAAAGGAGGCUGAAUCUCGAGCAGAAUUCGCUGAAAGAUCAGUACAGAAACUCCAGACAGAGGUGGACAGAUUGGAAGACGAACUGGUCAACGAGAAGGAGAAAUACAAGGCCAUCUCAGACGACCUGGACCAAACAUUUGCAGAACUUACAGGGUUCUAAAAGCUUGCUUGUAUGUCUUCGGAUUUGUAUCUGUAUAUUGUAAAUUUCAACAGCCUAUUUAUUGUCAUCUUACUUCCCAACUAAUAUUUUACACAGUGUCUUUGAGUUCCCUCAUUGAAGAGUGUCAUAAUGAAACUUUAUCGGGUUUCUAUAACAUUGAGGGAUUGGUCAAAG